CCCACACCCCAGAAAGGAAGGGAGAGAGAAGAGACCGACCAAGAGUUAGAGGAGAGGAGUGAGAUAAAGAAAUAAAAGCAAAAGAGUGAAUAUUUCAUUUUGUUUCCAGAUUGCAUAACAUAUCUGCAUCCAUCUUCAUUCAAUCUUCUGAAGAAAACUACUUUCAGAUAUCACCAGAGAAAUGGGCGAAGAGAAGAAAGAGGAAGAGAAGAAGGAAGAAAGCAAAGAUGAAAAGAAAGAAGAGAAGAAGGAAGAAAAGAAAGAAGAAGAGCCUCCGGUGAUUGUACUCAAGGUUGAUAUGCAUUGUGAAGCUUGCGCAAGGAAAGUUGCUCGAGCCUUGAAGGGUUUUGAAGGAGUGGAGGAUGUAACGACAGACAGCAAGAUGAGUAAGGUGGUGGUGAAAGGGAAGGCGGCAGACCCCAUAAAGGUCUGCGAAAGAUUACAAAAGAAAAGCGGCAAAAAAGUGGAGCUCAUUUCACCUUUGCCUAAACCACCAGAGGAGAAGAAGGAGGACCAACCGGUUAAAGAAGCUGACAAGGAAGAGAAAAAGGAGGAGCCUCCUGCUGUUGUUACAGUGGUAUUGCAAGUUCGAAUGCACUGCGAAGCGUGCGCUCAAGUUUUACAGAAGCGAAUUCGAAAGAUCCAAGAUCAACCUGUAAUAUUUUGGAGGGUGCAUGUUAAAUUAAAUAUUGCAGGAGUGGAAUCAGUGGAAACAGACGUAGCUAAUAAUGAGGUUGUAGUAAAAGGCGUAGUGGACCCGGCGAAGCUUGCUGAGGAGGUGUAUAAAAAAACCAGGAAGCAGGUUUCUGUUGUGAAGGAGGAAGAGAAGAAGGAAGAAGAAAAGAAAGAAGAGGAGAAGAAAGAAGCCGAGAAAGAAGGAGAGACGAAAGAAGGGGAGGAAGACAAGCAGGGAGAGGAUAAUAAGGUCGAUAUCAAGCGAAGUGAAUAUUGGCCGACAAAGUACUACUCGGAUUAUUCAUCGUAUCCAAACCCUCAGAUUUUCAGCGAUGAAAACCCUAAUGCAUGCUCUGUUAUGUGACUGCUAUAUAUGUAUAUGCGUGCAGUAAGACGCAUGCAUGCAUGCCUAAAUCUGCAAUUUUCUAGGUACAUGUGGUAAUUAAUAAUUGAACUAUUAAAUAUUGCAACUUAUAUAUUAAUUAAGAGUGUAUGCGUGCCACCCUUGGGCAUCAAUCCAAUAUAUAUAUAUAUAUAUAUAUAUAUAUGUAAGUUUA